CAGUUUUACUGAAUUUAAAUGUCUCUACCUCACACUUACAAAACCUACCAUUUAGACCUUCAAAAGCUUAGCUUUCAAGUAAAAAUCACAAAUAGGCUGAAAUGAAAACAUUAAAAUUUCAUAAAGAAGAAAAAAAUUAAGAAACCUUCCCAUUUCAGAAGGCUGCUACACACUCUUUGCAGUGAAAGAAAACUCAUAUUUAACGGGAUUUUUUCUUUGUUGACCCGGCACCUGAGUGCCGUGUCACUCAAGCCCCGGGGCCCCCACGGGCGUGGGUGCGGAUCAUGCCGCACACGCAGUCAGUAAUCGGCUCACCAAAUAGUUGACUGAACCCCUAAGCCCUAAAGCUCAGUGCUAUUGGCGCGUCAUACCAACCUCCCGCCUCAUUCUGGGACCCCUCAAAACACCCAGAAUACCCGCGGUCCGGUCGAGGCCUACCCCAACCUCUGGUAACUCACCAGGUUACCACCGGAGCCAUUUUGCAUCUCCCUGCCACAACCUUUCUCAGAGCUAGGGAGCCCUACUCAGGUCUGCCCUAAGCGAUAAGGGCACCACUGCCAAGUACGAAGCCGACUCCAAUCGUGGUCCAGGGCCGAAAAGGAAACCUCAACGGGGUCCUUUACCAAUAAAAGGGGACCACCCCGUACUACCACCAAUUUCGGUGAUGCUGUCUUACGUGAUAAUCAGCUACGGGAGGACCUCGGGGAGCGCAUACCUCGGUCUCUCCACCGAUCUCCCUAUGACCUCUGGAGAUUUACAACAUUUCAGCCCGGGUGCAACUGAGCACCAACAACUAACCAGUGUGAACUAGAAACAUGGGAUGGCCUCAUGUGGGAUCUAGAGAGUGGGGGGACCCCACAUGGGUUUUUCCACCGAUCCGCUUGCUAGGCGAAUUUACAGCCGCAUAGCCCGGUUAUGCUCCCAGUCCAUAGUGGCAGACAGAAGCCAUUCCAUUAGGCAAUGUCUCUCGACGGAGACUGGCCUUUUUGGGCCUCACCACCAGGGCUCCGCGGUCGAACCCUCCAGAAAGGCUUCUUUUGCAUCUGUUGUUGCCUACAGAUUCAGCUUUAUCACCAUUUCUGGUACCCAGCCAGGUCAUCCCGGCAGAGUCCUCUUUUGCUGGUUUUACAACCACCCAUUGGUGCCACAAGGAGGCAGAGGAUUGCCAUUGGUGCGGAGAGGCUUUGCAACGCCGGCGAGAUCUGGACCCGGCUGCUUGACCACCGGCCGUUCCUCAACGGAGAAAUCAAGUACUUUGUUAAGGAGUUUGAGGCCGAUCCCCUGGUGAGCAGGCGCGAGCUACGCAAGGCCGAGUGGCACCACUUCAUCACGGACAUGACAGACAAGUGCAGCGCAGUGGACACCACCUUUGAGGAGAAGCAAGCGCAGCUGAGUGCCUUCUAUGCCGACCUAGAGCACAAGCUGCACCUCCAGUAA